AUGCUUACUGCCGCUCACACUCACUGCAAACAACACCUCAGACCACCACCACCACCACCACCGGCGUCCGACACUUUAUGGGAGCCUGGUCACCUCCCCGCGGCGCAGAGGGACCCGUGUGCUCUUUGCCUCUCCAGCCCGGGACGCUCAAUUAUCCGGCGGCCAAAUACGGGAGCCGGCGGUGUGUCGGGGUGGCGGGUAGCCGGCCUCCCCACAUGCACCCUCCGUACGCCCUUUUCCGACUUUAUGUGCCUUUUGCGUGUCGGGCUAAAUAGCAAUAUAAAAUCCGACGAGGAGGAGGAUGUGAGUUUACCCUUAAUUGACUUCGAAACAGGAGGGUUGGUUGGUUCCUGGUUCCUCCCGCCGUGCCUGGUGGCUCUGGUGGGCAGUAUUCCCCAGUGUUCAUCUCCUUAUUCCCCACCCGCGCCCCUCACACCCUGCCCGCGGCGCCUCGAACAAACACCUCGCCCUCCUCCCCUCCGUCCAUCCCCUGCCUCCGUGCCUCCUGCUCCCUGGCCUUCCCUGCCGCCUCCUCGCUACCCGGGGAAUGCGAAAACCUUGCUGAAUGUUUGCUCCAUUGAGGGCGAUGUUCCAAACUACUCCUAUUAUACCCUCUCCAUGCAUCCCUCCACGCCUCCACCCACCCGUUCAUCUCUGCACGGUGAUGAGACCCCGAGGAACCUUAUGGCCACAUCAAAUAAGAUUGCACGGGAAGAUUACACCUGA